ACCACAAACCUUGCCGACAAGACAGGACCGGUGGGAUUGCGAUGGACGGUGCGGUAAGCCUGGAGUUCAUGACCGGAAAUCCACAGCUCGGAGUGCUGUCGGGAAGGUUGACCUACCUCGAAACCAGCAGCAACGAGAGCAGCGAUGGUUCCUUGUCGCGCAAGGAAGAGAAGGGCCACGCUCGCACAAGCAGCAGCAGCAGCAGCAGACGGGAGGGUUCCAACAGCAGUACCGUCGCCGACACCACAUACUCCCCUAACUUCAAUGCCGACGUCCUCCUCGACCACCUCCCUCAGCGUCGGGGCAAGCUGCUGUGCCUCCUGUCGGUGCCAGCGCACAUGGUGCCUACAGAUAUGCUACACUUCGCCGCGCCGUUCAAGGAGCAGGUGCACUCCCUCCGCAUCCUCCGCCCUUGCAACCCGGUGGGACCGAGUGAUCCCGCCAAGACGCCAGCGGAGUACAUGGUCCUGCUGCAGAUGGAGAGUCAGGAGGGGGUUGAAGGGCCCCUCCGCCCCCAGUGGGCGCCGGGGCCCGAAUCGCAAACUGAAGGUGGUUAA